CAAUGAGCAAUGAGAAAGUUCGGGGAAUGGCUGUACAAUAACGUUAACGUUUCCGGGAGUUUUCAAUGCUGGGAGCGACACAUAUAAGAGCUGGUGGAGUGGAGAGGCAACUGAAGGCAUAACGAUCAGGGUUUUACGGGGCCGUCAACAAGAUGCUCCGAGAAAUGAGCGCACGCUCAGGACGAGACGGACUCGGUAUUGCGGCAGUGGUGGCUCGCAGUAGUGGUGGGCUCGCGGCCGGACGGGAGGACAAGUCUGGGGCCUCGGAGGAAUCCACGGGAGAGAGGAUCGAGUGUGGAUAUGUGCCAGUGUGCACAAACCAUGGAUUUCUCAUCGUGCUGUUCAUUGCUGACUUUCAAGUUCCAGUCGCAAGCCACGCUGGAAGGGUGCUGACAGGGUGGCUUGAUGAUCAGGCUGUGCAAGCCAUGGAAAACUCGGCGAGUGUCCGCUGGGUCGGAAGCAACAGGCAGACUGUUUCUUCGUCUGUCUGGCCGCCUCCUUUGUUUUGCAGCCAGGUGUACACUUGUAUCGUACCAUUCGACCGUGUUCCGGUAACGUGGUGGUGUGAAUGUGCAACUUGAAGCCGGGCGCCUGGAAAGAGCCCGGGAAAUGCGACCCCG